AUGUGCGACCACUGCUUCAAGGGAGGAGCCAGGACAUGCCAUUUAUGGCUCCACGGUGGCAUCAACUAUCGCAAAGUCAGCGGUUCAAGCUCCACCCAUGGCCAGGUUCGAUCUUAUCAGCUUCCUCUAAGUACCAUGCACGAGGCCCUGCAGGUAGUGGUUCUAAAACCCAUCAUGAAGAUCCUAGGUGAUCUUCAGAGGAGUGUUGAUGAACUCAAGAAAGAGAAGGAUGAGAACGAAGAGAAGGAGAAGCAUCUCAAGAAGAACCUGGACAACCUUGGUGACCACCUGGCAUCCAUGGUUUAG